GGCGUCUUACCUUCAUCAUGCUGCUGUGUCUCCUUCUCGCUGUCUCCGUAGCCUACACUGUCGGUGCCCCCGCCGAACGUAUCGUUGGGGGAUCGGACGCUGACCCUCAUUCCUGGCCGUCUCAGCUUUCUCUCCGACGACAGGGAAGUCACAUCUGUGGGGCGUCCAUCCUGACAGCAAACUACGCCUUGACCGCUGCCCACUGUGUUGAUGGACAAGUUCCAUCCGACAUGUCAAUCGUGGCAGGUGGACACAGUCUUCAGAAUCCAUCAGACUACCAACAGCAAAUCGCCGUAACCUACGUCAUGCACCCGAGUUACAAUGGCGACGCCCUCGGUUUCCCGAAUGACAUUGCUAUUCUGAAACUGGCGAGUCCCCUGGAAUGGAAUGACGGCGUUCAACCGGCAAAUCUGGUUCCCGACGACUCAAAGGAUUUUGCAGGGGAGAGUGACUGCUUCAUCACCGGAUGGGGAAAACUUGGAGGAUCUGAAUCCGGCCUGCCCGACAUUCUUCAAGAAGUUCAGACCGACGUCGUGACCAACAGCGCGUGCAAAAGUGCCCUCGGCUUCUUCCCUGGCCUCGGCCUCUCCGCCAACCACGUCUGCGUUUACGACAGCGUCAACAAGGCCACCGGAGCAUGCAACGGAGACAGCGGUGGCCCCCUGGUGUGUAGGUCAAACGGUGAAUACACCCUGAUUGGCGUCACCUCCUGGGGUCUGUCCGGCUGCGCCACAAACGCCCCCAGCGUCUACACCAGAGUCUCCAAGUUCCUCGACUUCAUCAGGAACAACUCCGACGCGUAACCGUGUAACCAUGGAAACAAAUAAAACAUUUUCCUGACAAA